GAGAAACGUCAAACCAAAAAGAAGCCAAAAAACCCAAACAAACUCAAGCUUGAAUCAAUAUCUGGUGAAAAAGAAUUCGUGAUUUCUGUGAUAAAUCGGCCCAAUACUCACCUGAAUCGUGUUCGGAAACGUUCCCUAGCACUGCCGGAAGAUGUUGUACCUGGAGGAUUAUCUCGAGAUGAUUGAGCAUCUGCCUCAAGAACUUCGGGAUCGAUUUACGGAGAUGCGUGAAAUGGAUCUCUCAGUACAGAACAACAUCGACUCGCUGGACAAACGAGCCCGGACCCUCUUCCAGCAGUGCCGUCGUGGCGAAAUGCUCGGCAGUCUGGCCGAUACGGAGUUCGACUCGAUCCGCAAGGACUACUACCGAGUGCUGGAGGAUUCGGACGAAAAGGUUCAGCUGGCUGGGCAGAUGUACGACCUGGUUGAUCGCUACCUGCGGCGGUUGGACAGCGAACUGUACAAAUUCAAAUGCGAACUGGAGGCGGACCACAACGGGAUUACGGAGAUACUGGAGAAGCGCUCGCUGGAACUGGAUUCGUCUACCAGUAAUGGGGGGUUGAAUCAGAAAGAGAACAGGUACUUCGACACGUUGGCGGGUAUUUCGAGUGCGAUGUCCGGGUCUACGGCGGCUCGGGUUGAAAGUCGGUACAACAUCAAGCCGGAGAAGCGCCGCGAGAACAGUAUGGUGGCCAUUUCGUCGCUGGGAGGCCCCCCACCGGAGAAACGUCAAGCGGUGGCAACGGCCAGUGGCAUUGCCAGUCCUUCGGUUCGUCCGACUACUCCGAAUGUUGCCGCUGCUAGCGAAACGUACCACAAACUUCCACCGGCGGCAAGUUCCGUCACCCCGAGGGCCACCUCCUCCGUGGCCUACAAUCUGCAACAGUUUGGAGCGGGUAAUGCGAUAGCGGCCGCUGCCAGUCAGGCCAUUGCCCAAACACAGCAGAUGCAACAGGGCAGGAGGACCGCCAGCUUGAAGGCAUCGUACGAAGCUAUUCACGGGGCCGGAGGAACGGGAACGGGUCCGCAUGAUUUGCUGAUCAAUAGGGAGUUAGCCGGGGCCACACAUAAUGCGCUGCAAGCGGUGGAAAGGGAGACGAGUAAUGCGUUCUCGAAUCAGCAGAGGAGGCAGCAUAAGAAGAAGCUUACGGCCAAUACAUCCGCGGCAGCCACACUGUUACAAGCACACCAGAAGCAACAGCAUUCAGCCCGGCUCAGUCCUAACCUGUCCUCCUCGUCUCUGGAUCUUUUAGAGCCCUCGCUUCCGGGAGUGCUGUCCGGCGGGGUGGGAGCGGGCUCCCUCGGCAGUGACGGCGGAAUUUCCUCGGCCUCAUCGAGCAGUGGCUCCGGGAUGGGGCUUGGGGUCGGGGCUGGAAGUGGCCCUGCCGGCCUCGGUCCAGGUGUUAUCGGAGGAGGAGGAAGCUCUGGAGGGUCGGCACACACGGCGCACCUUCCCGGAGGACCCCCGAUGGGACCGAGUGCGGUGCUGAACGAGAACGGAAUGGUGGUGGAGCAGACCCCCGAGGGCGAGUGGACGUACGAUCCGAACGAGCCGAGGUAUUGCAUCUGCAAUCAGGUCUCGUAUGGCGAUAUGGUGGCGUGCGAUAAUGAGGAUUGCCCCUUCGAGUGGUUCCACUAUCCGUGUGUGAACAUCACGUCGACGCCCAAGGGCAAGUGGUACUGUCCGCAGUGCAGCAGCUCGAUGAAGCGACGCGCCUCCCGGAAGAACUAAUGAUGCACGUGGUGACCGGAAGGCACGCCAAUCUAGCAACUCAUCGUUCCAUCAGCAGUACAUGUACAUGCAGUGAGUCUAAUACUCGUAUAAGCAGAAUUUACAUUGUUGGGCGGGCGUCGCCAAAUUCUGUUUGUGUGUAUUUGUGUAUUAGUGUCUGUUUCACCGUAUUUCAAUUAGCAGCUCCAUCAAGGAGACAAUGAAUUUUCAAAAUUUUCCCACAUUGGCUAAUCACU